UCGCGGCUCCUCGGCUGAACUCGUGGAGAGCUACGGACCUUUUCAUACCGCCUUCCUCUGUUUUAAACAAACUAUGGACGCUUAAACUUUCCUGUCCCCCUCCCCCUCGCUCCUUCACCCGUCCGCUCAUGGGGCUGACACCGCCAAGCAGCCGCAGCCGCGGGAGGAGGACACGGCCACUCAUUGAUUUCCCCGUCUCCUAAAUUGCAGUUAAAUCUCCUCCUCCUCCUCGCCACCCGUUCUCUGGAGCUCUCCGGCUGCCCAGAGCCGCUCCGUGCGUUGUUUUAUCUGAUCUCGACUCUGUUGUUGUUGUUGUUGUUUCGAUGCGCUGCUUAUCGAGAGAGAAAGCUAUAUGGAGAUAGAGGCGUAUAGUGGAUGCGCGUGUGUUUCCAUAAGACUAUCAAGGGAGCAGAUCAGAAGCAGCCCGGAUCCUGACCCUGACUGUAUGAAUAAUCGGCGUGGACAGCUGAGCCGCCCUCCCAAUUCAUCCUCACCCCUUCGGCCACCUCUGUGCCCGCGGGAGGAUGAAAAUGCUCUGCUGGAGGCUGGCCCAGGGGCUGGCGGGGUGGACUCUCUGGGGGAAGCCUCCCCCCUGCGCUGGCCUUGAUUACGACUACACUUACGAUUUCGCGGAGGAGGAUAAAGCGGAGGAGAUAGAUUAUAAGGAUCCUUGUAAAGCCGCUGUCUUUUGGGGAGAUAUUGCCUUAGAUGAUGAAGACUUAAAAAUCUUUCAAAUUGACAGGACAAUUGACCUUACGCAGCACUCCAACGAAAGACUUGGCCAUAACACAGGUGGCUUUGCAGAACAUGGGAUAUCAAAAAAACGAGGUGCCCUCUACCAACUUAUAGAGAGGAUACGAAGAUUUGGCUCUGGCUUUGAGCAAAAUAACACAUCUAAAGGAAGAGCAACUGUAAAAUUCUCAGGGAAAAAUGAGAAAAACCGAUUUCCCAGAGCUGCUACAUCACGAACAGAAAGAAUAUGGCCAGGGGGUGUCAUUCCAUAUGUAAUAGGUGGAAAUUUUACCGGCAGCCAGCGCGCUAUGUUCAAGCAGGCCAUGCGGCACUGGGAGAAGUACACGUGCGUUACAUUUAUUGAACGAAGUGAUGAAGAAAGUUAUAUUGUAUUUACAUACAGACCCUGUGGGUGCUGUUCUUAUGUGGGUCGAAGAGGAAAUGGUCCUCAGGCUAUAUCUAUUGGCAAAAACUGUGAUAAAUUUGGUAUAGUUGUCCACGAACUGGGUCAUGUCAUAGGUUUUUGGCAUGAACAUACACGGCCGGACCGAGAUGACCAUGUCACCAUUAUUAGAGAAAACAUCCAGCCUGGUCAGGAGUACAACUUCUUGAAGAUGGAGCCUGGAGAGGUGAACUCCCUUGGGGAACCAUAUGACUUUGACAGCAUUAUGCACUAUGCCAGGAACACCUUCUCAAG